GACCUAGCACGCGGAAGCUGCCCGCAGCCGAAAGCAGCUGAAAUUUUUGAAAACAAUCAGAGAAGAGCAGCAACACAUACAAGCAACAAAAACAAAAAAAUCAGCAAUAUUUUAAAAGCGUCGUUCUCCACAGUGUAUUCUAACACAACCGUGCUCAGGUGUGUGUGUGUGUGUGUGUGUGCGUCGUGUAUGAGUCGUGAAAUGGUGUGGGAGCAACUAAAAAACACAAAAACAAACCAGCAGCAUCUUUCAAGUGCUUGAAACGUUAUCGUCAAGAAUCAAAAAAAAUAUAUAUUUAAAGCUGCAGUGCAAGGUCUUAAAAUCUAGCUGGGAAAAUUUGUAAACAGCUGUUCCAGCUCAACAGUUGUGAAUAAUGGCCCGCAUUAAUUAAAGCUGAAAACAGCAACAGCGCGAUAUUGCAAACAACAAAUAAAUCAAUCAAUCAGCGACAACCGCCAACGAAAGCAACAUGUAGUGCUGUUGGCCUUUCAAAAGCCAAAUAUGCUGUGAAUAUAUAUGGAGCUCUAUGCGUACGCAUUCAACACGCACACAAAUACAAUGCCAAUGCCUAUUUACAUGGCGCAUGACAAAUGGCCAUUUGUAUUCAAUCAAAUUGAAGCGAACAUACGACAUGCACAGCCAACAUGGACAAAAGCAACAGCAACAGCAAUGUAACUUAAAGCGGCUUAAAAGCGCAAUACAAACGUAAAUAUAAAGUACACGCAUACUGAAGUAAAAAAAAAAAAUCCAAAGCCAAAUAAAAUAUAUAUACAUUAACUGGAACAGGCGAGUGAGCAACACGGCGUAUGCUUGAUUAAUUGUAUUUUAAACACAAACAGAGAAUAAGCGAAACGCAGCCAAAAUGUUGCCAACAAAUGUGAUGACGUUUAUGAAAAAGAUGGUGGCCACGGAUGAGCAGACGCAUGAGCGGCAGCAGCAUGCAACAGAUUCGGGUGGUGGCGCUUCCAACACGGGCGCUCUUAACAAAAUGAAGGCAACGCUCUCCUCAUCGCUGCUAACCGUGACCGACAAAGUUAAUAAAAUGUCGCCACGCCCCUCGCUGGUGCCCACGGAGGCGGAUACCAGUGGCAGCUACGGCUCGCCCAGCUAUCAACAGCAACAUCAGCACCAGCAGCAACAGCAGGAGGCCAACACCAAUCUGAGCAACAACAACAAUAGCACGACAGCUGGAGGCGGUGGAGCAGCGGCCAAACAGGAGCCAGGCCGCAGAGCCGGGGCUUGCCGGGUGUGUCUCAAGUCCUUCAAGCCGGACGACUACCACAAGACGUGCUUCGAGUGUCAGCAGCGUGUGUGUGAGGAUUGCGCUAGCUAUAGCAAGCUCGAGGAGCAUGAGGAUGCGAACAUGUGGCGAUGCAGCGUUUGUCGCCGCAAAAUGGCCUCGCGAGUCUGCAUUCCUCAAGACUCGACGGACUCCACACUGGAUGUGCCAGUGCUGGAGGCACUGCAGCGUCGACACUCGGACGCUAAGCUGGGCAGCAGCACCCAAACAUUGGCCCCCAGCAACGGUUCCGCCUUGGCACCACCACGUAGUCCCGAACUAAGACGACAUUCAGAUGUUUCGCCUGCAUCCCUGAAGGAGCUAGAGCGACAACUAAAGGGAGGCCGCAGCAUGGCGCCCAGUCGAUCCAACAGCCCACCACGCGGUGGAGAGUUGGAGCCCACAUUUGGGGCGCCCCUUUCACGGAUGCAGUCGCGACGUGGCUCGCGUGUUUCGCGUCAGCACAGCUACGACGAUGACAUGAAGGCUGGUGGCGUCGGAGGUAGCAUGGGAGGCGGAGGGCCAGCACUGGGCAUGGCAGCUGACGGCUCAGGUUUGGGUAUUCCCUCAAUGCCGCGCAGAAAAUCUGCCUAUGAUGUAUUUGCCCCGGGCCUGAUGCAAGGCGCUGCUGCCGCUGCGAACACGCAACUGCAACGUUCUCCUGGCGAAAGUGGUGGCAUAAUGCCGCCCAUACAGUUGCCGGGCUCGCGACGCCCAUCGUUUCGUGUGCCACAUGCCUCGGAGGAUUUGCAGAAUGAUGAAUCGCCUGGCUCGCCGGAUAAGGGUAGUCCCGUUCUUACUGUGGACGACGAUCGACGCAUGCGGCGACGCGGCUCGCAACUGCCGGAUAUAGCAGCGUUGCAGAAUCGUGGGGCUUUGCCUACCGGACUGCAAGCUGCGAUACCGCCGCCCAUGGCUUCGUUUACGGGCCCUAACUUGGAGGACCUGGAAGCGCCACGGCGACAAACGUCCAUGGAUGGAGAAGCCAUACGUAUUGUUAUACACGACGUUGAUUCCGGUCCGAUUUGUGCAUCAAAGCGACGCAUUAUACUACGCAGAGAUCCCACGGACAAGGCACAUCGCACACGAGGCUUUGGAAUGCGGGUCGUCGGGGGCAAAACUGGAGCUGAUGGACGACUCUUUGCUUACAUUGUCUGGACAGUGCCCGGCGGGCCGGCUGAGAAAAAUGGCCUCCAACAAGGCGACAAGAUACUCGAGUGGAACGGCAUGUCGCUAAUCGAUCGUAGCUUCGAAGAGGUUUGCUCGAUUAUGGAUCGCACGGGCGACAUUGUGGAGCUACUGGUGGAGCACGCUACAGAUUUUCGCAUGUGUGAUUUGUUCGACGAGAAUCUGCCACCAGGGAAUAGCGGUGGACAGAGUGGACCUCGGCGUUCGGGUGAUGGUCCCAUUGGGCUGGGCCUAAUAGCGGAACCCGAAACCAACACAGACAAAUCACCAGCAUCGCCAACUAGACGGAAAUUACCAAAAACUCCGGAGCAAAUCGCACGAGAGAAAUUGGUUAGCGGCCGCGUACAAAUUCAAGUGUGGUACCAUGCGGAGCGCAGCGAGCUCGUUGUCUCCCUGAUGGCCGCUGAUGACCUAGCCCUGCGUGAUGAGGCCUAUGGGCACGGCAAUCUGCCUGAAGCAUAUGCUAAAGUGCGCAUACUUCCCAAGUGUGGUGACGGCAGCGUGCAACAAACGGAGGUCAGCCGACCAACGCAGAAUCCCAUUUGGAACGCAACAUUGACCUUUGCGCAUGUCAAGGCCGACAGCCUGAUGGAUCGCUAUAUAGACAUACAGCUGUGGGACCUGGUGCCGCAUACCGAGUCGAUAUUCCUGGGCGAGUGCAAUAUUGAGCUGCAGCAGGCGUUCCUUGACGACCAGGCAAUCUGGUGUCGCCUCGAAGAUCCCAAGGGGCUGCGCGGCAUUAGCAUCAGCAAGUCACCGAGCGUAUCGCCGCGUGGGUCCAUUGCAGCUGGCGCUGGUGCUCCUUGUGGCGAUGUUUCACGCCUGCUGAGACGCGAUUAUAAUAUGCAUCGUUCCAGUUCCGAUGAUGUGGACUCUAUUGGCGAUGGGGCUUCGCUGCUACAUCCAGACCAUGCGUGGAUUGCAGGCUCACGGCGUGGCUCCUCGCAGUCGGAAACCAUGGAGGUGGAGGUGUAUCAGCUGGGCAAGGACUUCUCGCGCUCAUUGCCGGGGUCGCGUCGUUCUAGUUUCCAAGAUGCCGAAAAGCAACGGCUUCAGGAAGAGGAUGCAAUGGCCACGCCGCCCACAUCGUAUUUGGUGGGGCGACGUCGCUCCUCUGUGGCACGACGCGAUCCGGAUGAGAUCCUGAAAUCCUUGAAAGCUGUGCGCGGCGAACUUGGACGCACCAUGAGCCUCGGCACCGAGCAACACAAGCGCAUGGGCUCAAGACGUACCAGUCGAGUUGGUCUGCCCAGCGGUCCCAACAGCCGCAAGAGCUCCAUUCUGGAUCUUACGCAGCAGCAAACGCACCAACUACAGCUGCAGCAUCAUCAGCUGCCCAUUGGCAUUGGCAACACCGAAACUAGUCCGCCGUCCGACGAUGAAGACAAACGUUUCAGACCACGCUGGAAAGGCUCCGGCUCACAACUUCCGCCCCAAAGUGCACAGCAGGCACUGUCCCGUCUCAAGCAGGCUACCUCGGCGACGAACGUUGCUCAGGAGAGACCAAGUCAACUGCUUGGCGCCAGCCUAGGCGACAAUAGCCCACAGCAUUUGCGCAAAGGCAGCAUGAUCAAUUUGCGAGGUCAAGAUGCUGUGCAGCAGCAGCCCCAACAACGUAAGAGCAGUAUGUUUUAUUUGGGCGACACGCAAGCGCAGUCACCAUCGAUGCAACGUAAAGGAAGCGUUUACGUGCCUGCCGCAAACUGCAGUGACUCUCCCACGCCCACACGCAAGGGUAGCGUCUAUCAACGGCUCAGUACGGACAGCAACGAGAGUCCACAGCGCAAGCAAAGCAUUGUAAAGACCCUCAGUGGCAGCUAUGUCAAUGUCUCGGCAAUUACAGGCAGCGAGUCCAGCUACGGCUUGAAGCUGGGACCCUCGCAGAUUCAUCCCAAGGGCUAUCGCCUUAGCACGGCACGUUAUGGGGAGUUGAAAAUGGGAUUCGUUAAGAUCAAAGGAAACGUCGAAGUUGAACUAAUCUGUGCCCGUAACAUUGUGAACGCCGACUGCGAGAUACCGCCGGACACAUAUGUGAAGUGCUAUAUCAAGGAUGGCGAUCGACUGCGACACAAAAAGAAGACGCGCGUCGUGCGCCAUGCCGCAGAGCCAUUUUACAAGCAGACCAUUAAGUACCAGAGUGCUGAUGUAUUUGGCCGCAACAUUGUCAUCAUGGUCUGGCAGCGCUGUGUGGGCUUUGAGCACAAUCAGGGCCUGGGUGGCACCGAGGUUAACCUUGACAAGGUGAACAUUGGACAACAUAUCAAUGGCUGGUAUCCGUUGUUCCCUAUGCACAGCUAUGGCGGCUCCGAUUCUGAUAAUUCUCCUUGACCGAACACGCGAUCAGUGCAAAAGACAACACAAACAAUAAAAUUGAAAUGCAUAACACCAAUAUUAAAUGAUAUGCUACUGCUUAAAGUAAAAGCUCAAUUUGUUAGUAUUUAAGUAAAAUCAAAUUAUAGUCCCCCAAUACAUAUAGACAAUUACUAUAAAUGAAAUUAUUUGUCCUACAAUAGUUGUAGUUCAUGAGCUUAGCAUUCGUUUAGCUGGGACAGUUUGUUAGCAAACUAUAACAUACAUACAUAUAUAUGGUGACAGAGCUUUGUAAGUUAGUAUUGAGUAAAGGAAUAGUUAGACAUUUAGAUUGAUCUAACAAUAACUAUGGACAGCACAAUAAUUGAGAAAUGAUUGUACCAGAGCAAAAACAACAUAUACUCAUAUUCAUAAACACUUAUAUUUACAUUAUAGCCUAGUAUAAAAUAUAUAUAUUUUUUGCUUGUUGUUGUGUUUGUGUUUGUUAACGCAUAUGGUGAGAUUAUUUCACAAAGGAAUACAAUAAAGUUGGAUAUUUAGGGAAACGAAUUUGGCAGUAGGCAAACGCUUCAGUAAAUAAAACUUAUUAAAUCCUUUUUGUAACGAUAUAAGUGUCAGCUAAAUGUUAGGCAGAUUGAAUCAACACUAAGCCUACAAGCUUUUACUUUGCCACAACUAACUAAAGCAGACAGCUAAACCGCAAAGGUUUCAAACUGCAAACUGCAAAACAUAUUACACAUCAAAUAAAUCUAAAGCUAAACAUUCUUAGUGUACAGAAAAAUGAAAAAACAAAAAGAAAACUGUAGUAAAAUUCCAUAUGACAAUCUUCUUGUAUGUGUGUGUAGCACUUGUGUAUGUGUGCGUGUGUAUGUGUAUGGUAUGUGGUUGCGACUAAAGUGUGAUUAAGACGAAUUUACUGUAGUCCUUUUUUCGGUAUGUUAGCCGCUUAGAGGCCAAACAAUAACCAAGAGAUCGCUUGCAUAUAGUAAUAGACCUGUCUCUUCUCUUACGCCUACUUUCCCCUCUUCAUAUUUGACUUUUAAAAAGACAAUCUCUUAAAAUUGAAAAUCUACAUUUUGUGAGCACAGCCACCAAUCGACUUGGAGUUUUAAGAAACACUGUAAACGAAAUCUCGAAAUCUAUUUAACUAAUUUAUACAUAUAAGCAAGAGGUGCAUGUGACUUUUCACUAGCUAUCUCGUACUAAGCACUCCUACUAAGCUCUAACUAUAACUAAAACUACGACUGCAGCAACUCUUUUCCCCAUCUAGAAAACAAAAGGACUUUCGCAGCAAUUUCAAGUGAUGCACACACUCUACUAAAUUUA